CCGAGGGGCGGGUCCCGCGCGACCCUACGCAGAGCCGAAACGCCGGCGGGGAACCACGGUCCCCGCGCUGCGAUGGGGGCUCCCGGGGGAAAGAUCAACCGGCCCCGAACGGAGCUGAAGAAGAAGCUGUUCAAGAGACGGCGGGUGUUGAACCGGGAGAGGCGACUGAAGCACCGGGUGGUCGGAGCUGUGAUAGACGAAGGCCUGAUCACGCGGCACCACCUCAAGAAGCGGGCGUCCAGUGCACGUGCCAACAUUACUCUCUCUGGGAAGAAGCGCAGAAAACUCCUCCAGCAGAUCCGGCUGGCCCAGAAAGAGAAAGCAGCCAUGGAAGUGGAAGCCCCCACGAGGCAAGCCAGGACUAGUGAACCGCAGCCCAAACGGCAAAAGAAGACAAAAGCCCCCCGAGAUGUAGACAUGGAGGACCUUGAAGAUAAGAGCUAAAUCCCCAGCCUCCCACCGGAAGAUUCUCAGCUGGAGCCAGAAGGACUCUGGUUAUUUCAGAGGACCUUGGAGAAGGCGUUGGCCCCUUUCCCUCUUCUCAAUUCCUCUUCCUUAAUGGCCCAGGGAGCUGCCCCGUAAGACUGCGUCGAGAGGAAGAGAGUGGAGAAGAAAGAUGGGAGACGGGGCUCCGUAACAGUCAGCUCCGUUUGUAAUAAAGCCCUAGAUUCUCAAUGA